AUGGUUGAAAGGUUAAUAUUCAGGGAUAGGUGCACUACUGGCACAGGUGGGUAUGGCUUUUUAACCAACGCCUCAUGUGUGUUGGAAACGACACGACAGGAUUUAUUGGGAAAGCGAAAGGAAAAGUUAGUCGACAAUCUAAUUGUCAACAGCGCUACUGCUUCUUCUGCUAGUGUUGAUGGUAAUGGUAGCUGUACUGGUGGUAAUGCCCGUAACAAUUCUGGUACUGGUGCUGCUGAUGGUCUCACCAAUGGAGAUAUAACAUUUAGACGACAAUUAAAUAAUAUAAGCCCAUCGUCUCAAAGUCUAACUCAUGGCAGUGGUGCUGGUGUUUCACAACAGACUCAAUCAACAAUUUGUCUGAAAUCUGGUAAAACAAGUAUAGGUAGCCCUAGUAGUCCUACUAAACAACAACUACUUGUCAAACAUAGCAGCCUUUCUUCUCCAGUUGGAUGCAGUGGUGCGUACAGUGAGAGCAGCCAACAAAUCUGCCUGAGCUGCCAGUGCUGUUGUUGUCAGUGCCAGAGAGACGACGACGACUCACCGUCCCAUUGGGGAUCAGAUACUGGUUUUACUAUUGACAAGACUAAGGCUGUUCACCUCAAUAGCAACCCCAGUAGUAGUACUAAUAGUGGUGCGAACGUCCCGAUUGUGCGAUCCGUUAGUUCCUUAGCAGUAGUAACCGGUCGGCCAUGUAGUCAGUGCUUAGUUAGCACUUGUGCUGACUGUUGUUUAAAAAACUUUAAAACAACAGACUGUUCAUCCAAUGACUUAUCAAACAAAACCAAUCAAAUCAACGCUAUUCAACAUAAGUGCUAUAAUAAUACUUCACGAGUCAAAGACUCCACAUCUGAAGAGCAACAGAUAAUACCAGGAUUUGUGGCCCAAAGAAAAAGCGAGUUUCUUCAGCGACAAGUUAGUGAACCAGUACUUAGUGGUGGUGGUAAUCACCACCUCAUCUUCAAUCAUCAUCACCAACAAAACGAUAGCAACACUUAUGUCCAACAGAUUGAUGAUCACCAACAGCAGCAGCGGUGUCAUCAACAGUUGUUAGACAAAGACAACAAAAUGAUUAAUAGGGAUAACAAAAGUGAUAUAAUCAACAACAAAGAUAUGUAUAACCAAUACGAAGUGAUCAUGAAUUCAGUGAACAACAGCAACACUAACAACAGGUUUGACAGACAACAAGUGGUCAGCCAUCACAUGAAUGGCAAUACCAGCGAUGGUAACAGUGAUGACAGCGAGUAUGAGCUACAGUACGGACCGGGAAUUGUCGAUAGACUUAAACACAAGUUUAUGAGUAUUUCAAUACAACAGCAAAACUUAAACAGAUGUGUGUUUCAUACAAAUAAAUUAAAACGAUUUUCAAGUCUUGAAUGCAUUUCUGUAAGCAAUGAUUUGGCUAAUUAUACUUCAAGAGAGUCACCGAAGCAGAGCCGCUGUCAGCACAUACCAAAUGGCUUAAAGUUGUCGUCGAAAGGAAGUAAUGAUUUGGUGGCCAUAAAUGGUGGCACAAGAUUGUCAUACAUGGACGGCGGGGGAAAUACAGUCAAUGGCACUCAACUACAACACAACAAUAACAGCCAUCGAUUGUAUGUACAAAAUCAUAACCAUAAAAAUCUAUACAACAGUAGAUCCAUGGCCACUGUGCCGGUCAUCAAACGGGCUAAAAGUAUGGAAACAUUGGUGAUGCAGUCGUUGUCUGACCAUCAGAUGAACACCACAGACAGGAGUCGCCAACCCGUCAACAAUUGUUUAUCGCCUACUAAUCAGUUGUUGUCGUUAUCGCCAGAAACACCUCUUUCUAAUCAAACAAACGAUUUGCUAUUUCCACUCAAUGACAGUACUGUUGUUGUGAUUGAAAACAGUUGUGCAGAGAGUAGUGACAAGAGUCACACCAACAACAAUAAUAACAGUGCAAACAUACAGAUGAACAGUCAAUCGUCAUCCGCUGCCGAUAUAAUGAAAAGUGUUAGUCAUAAUAAAGGCCUCAUCGAUGAGCUGCCAAAACCAGAUACUGUUAAGACAUACAAAAAGUUAUUUGAACCGAAAAAUAGUGAAAAGACCAGUGAAGAUACCAAUAAUGGCAAGACUACUACUACUUCCACUACUACUACCAGUCCCGCCGUAAACACUAAUAAAUUAAAAAAUUAUAAGAAAAGCCAAAUGACUAACGGUUCCAAUGGUACCAAUACUUCUAAUACCAGUACUACUUCUACUACUACUACUACUAGUAGUGGUAGUAUUGGUUCUAAUGUCAAACGAAAACCACCGGUGCUUCGGGCGACUACAAGAAGUGCUCAAUUAAAGACUCAGACGUCUACGUUGUCGUCGUCUAAUGAUUCCCAGCCAAUAAACAAAUCUCAGUCAUCAUUGCCUCAAGUUAUCCAAAGUAUACCCUCACCGACCAAAAGGAUUACUAAUACUAACACCAACUUAACAACAACAACACCAACAAUGAAUGGUAUGAACGAUAAAAAUAAUAAUAAUUCACACAAAAGUGCCAACAAUUCAAGUGCUGUCGUCACACCUCCUCUACGAAAGCCUCCCAUCGCUCCCAAGAGACCGUCGCUGACACAGAAGGCUAUCACAGACAAUCAAACGUCUGUAAAUAAUGUUGGCUUAACUAAUGAGCCGAUAGAUGAAAUUGAUAGCAAUGAUGAUAAGCAAAGUUGUGUCCCAAUGAUGAUCAACGGUUCCGCAGAUUCUUCAUCAUCAGCAUCUGCUGCUGACUGUUCCAGCAAUAAUCAAACCAAUCAAAUAGUAAAUCAAGAAUCAAACGCCACUUCGCCGCCGUUAAACUCGGUCGACAACAACAGUCUAGUAGUAAAUAGUAGUAAUAAAUCAAAAGUCAAUAAACCUAUCGCUAAUAUUAAACCUUUCACUCAAUUAAAUAAUAAUAAUCAAAACGAUGAUUACUUAACGGUUGGACGGAUUAAUAAUGAAAGACAAACCAAUGAUAAUGAAGAGCACAUUAUUAAUAACAUUUGUCGCAACGGUUAUGGCAAAGUGAAUGAACAAACAUUAAGUUCAACCAAAGUUUCCAAUGAAGACAACAAUCAAAAAGUUGAUGAAAAACAACAGCAGUCCAUAGCUGUUGUCAAUAAUAAUAGUAAUAUUAAUAAUAAUAAAAAUAAUGUUUCGCCAAAUUCUUCAUGUGAUACCACUCAACAACUUAAGACAAAACAAACAAACAAUACAUCCAUCACUUCCCAUACAAUUCCAGAUAAUAAUCAUCACUUGAUGGACCAAACUGUCGACGUCUUGAAACCGAGUAUUUUGUUGAACUCUGAAAAUAAUAGCACUAAUAGCUCAACAAAAUCGCCGAUUAUUAGUAGUUCACUCUGGAGUCCGGAGUCUGUCACAAAAAAAUCAGUCAACUCGUCGACCACUAGUAUUGUAUUUGAUUUCCGUGGCAAAGACGUCAAGUCCAAUAUAGCCAUACAGCCGGCACCGUUCGGUACGACCGCCGCCAAGCGGUCGACAAACGGCCGAAAUAAUUCAUCGGUAAACGAUAGCGAUAACGACGACGACAACUAUAACGGGUCUACGGAAAUCGGGCCGCCGUCGGGCAUAGUAUUUACCGGAGAAAACGUUAGGGUCGGCAAAGGAUCUCUAUUAGUGAAGAGAAAUAAAAAGUUGUCUCUUCAUUUCAACGAUUCCCUUACAAAGACGUUUGAAUAUCAAUCGGAACAGUCGUUUCUUGAAGAAGAAGAGAUGGGUAUAUCGACCGCUGCCGCCACCGAUGAAUUCAUAGUUAACGGUAAUAAUGGUAUUAAUGGUAGUAAAAGUGAGACACAAUCUGUGAUAAAUAAUGGCGAGUCUAAUAAUAAUAAUAAUAAUGGUAUUCAAUUAAAUUCAAGUUUGAAAACAGUUAAAAACAAUUUAGCACUGGGAGGCUCACAAGGUAGUUUGGGGUCAUAUAAACCUACAUUAAUUGAGACCCCUUUCGAGUUGGGCGUCUCGAGGACUAAUCAUAAGUCGACACCAAAAACAACAGGCGAUUCAACAACAGAUAAUAAUGGUAGCGGUGGUAGUGAUGUGAACAACUCCUCCUCAGCCAACAACAAUUCAUACGAGACUGACUUAAUAAAACCGGCCAAUCCUGAGGAGACCAGUUCGUGGUCGACAUCAUCCACUGCUUCUGACCUAUUGUUUUAAUUUUAUAAAAGAGUUGGUAUAAUCAUCAUCCAGUGUUAUAAUUAUUAUAAUCACAUUAUUAUUAUAAUCAAAUUGUUGAACAACGUAUAAUUUAAUUAUUAUUAUAUUUUUAUUUUUUAAAACAAAA